CCACAUCCUCAGAGCCUCGUUCCCGCUGUGGGGCUCCCAGGCCCAGGAGAUGGAGCAACACAUAGACAAGUUGCAGACAGAGAGUCAACGGUUAACGGAGGAGGAGGAGAAGCUGGAGCAGCAGAUGGAAGAUGGCCGAGCUAAUGCAGCGGUGGUGGUGGUGGAGGCUACAGCAGAAGCAGACCAAGCAGUUAUCUUGGAGAAUGGACAGGAAGAAGUAGAGGCUGAAUCCGUUUUAGGAACAGUUGAGGCAGCACUAUUGGAACGAGCUGAGAUCCUCACCAAUGGGAGAGGAGAGGGGAGGGGCAAGCUGCUACCCACAAUGCAUCAGAGGAGGGCGGACUGCACAACGGCACCAACGGUCCAGUGACGGUCGUCCCUGAAGAUGGUGCCAUUACCAUGACGUUCCUGGGGUUCACGGAGACGGAGCCAGGCGAGGCUCCGGUAAUCGAAGAAGGCGGACUGAUCAUGAUGCGAGCGGAGCGAGUGAUUAUCAAUGACGAGGGAGACGAGCUGGCAAAUGAUCUUUCCUCUACGGGUCAGGAACAGGAAGUUGACUCGGCUGCGUCCAAUCAGAGGUCAGAAUCUCCUGAGGAAGGAGGAAUUGAGGAGGCGAAACCAGAGACAACUCCUGAAGAGUCCUCAGAAGUAGCAAAAGAGACUGAGACAGAGGCAGACACAGUAACUAGAGAUUUAGGAGAAGGACAGAUGGACCCCGUAACUAGAGAUUUAGGAGAAGGACAGAUGGACCCCGUAACUAGAGAUUUAGGAGAAGGACAGAUGGACAUAGUAACUAGAGAUUUAGGAGAAGGACAGAUGGACACAGUAAUAGGAGAUUUAGGAGAAGGACAGAUGGACCCCGUAACUAGAGAUUUAGGAGAAGGACAGAUGGACCCCGUAACUAGAGAUUUAGGAGAAGGACAGAUGGACCCCGUAACUAGAGAUUUAGGAGAAGGACAGAUGGACCCCGUAACUAGAGAUUUAGGAGAAGGACAGAUGGACAUAGUAACUAGAGAUUUAGGAGAAGGACAGAUGGACAUAGUAAUAGGAGAUUUAGGAGAAGGACAGAUGGACAUAGUAACUAGAGAUUUAGGAGAAGGACAGAUGGACACAGUAAUAGGAGAUUUAGGAGAAGGACAGAUGGAGGGUGUGGGAAACAGUGGUGGAGAGGAAGAGGCACAGCCAGUAGAGGAAGCUCCUGUGUCUGACUUGCAGGCCCCAGAUGGCGUUGGGGCUGCCGUUCCCGUCUACUCUGAGACCUUACUCACCCCCAGGCCCGACGCAGAGGGAGAGGCUGCAGGCGAGCCGGCAGAGGGCGAUGUGGAAGUGAAGACUGAAGUGGAAGUCGAGGGGGAAGAGGAGGCCUCGGUGGCCCCAGAAUCAGCCAUCCUCCCUGGGGGCCAGUUCCUGGAGGUGUCCCUAGUGGAGCCCCGGACUGAGCCAGAGCAGGAGCCCCUGCUGUUCCCAUCCAAGGCCCAGACCCUGGCCUUGGGGGAGCAGGCUCCAGCCGCCCCAGAGACACUGACCGCUACCAGGGGAGAGGCGGAGGGAGGGGUCGAUGUGGCUCCCAAACGCAAGACCUGCCAGUGCUGCUCUGUCAUGUGAUCAAUCAUUUCAUUCGCUCUCUAUCUCUACCAAAUUCUCCAAUGCUUUCUCUGUCUAAUACUACAAGAGGGACUUGAGUCUGCCUCUAACACUGUGAAUGAUGGGGGGUGGUAAGAUGGUGUUAUUACUGAAGUGCCUUGUGGAUCUCCUUCCCUAAGGGUAUAGCUCAGUUACCCAUCCAGAGGAACCUGGGUUUUGUUCAGUAGGGCGAAGUGCUUUGAAAUGAAAAUUCAAAACCAUUGUUUUUCUUAUUGGACCAGGUCCAGGUAGGCCCUCCCUGUUCGAGUCAGUUUUUUUCUUUUGAUGAACACAACCCUGAUGAACACAACCCUGAUGAACACAACCCUGAUGAACACAACCCUGAUGAACACAACCCUGAUGGACACAACCCUGAUGAACACAACCCUGAUGAACACAAACCUGAUGAACACAACCCUGAUGAACACAACCCUGUUAGCCUUGGCUGUGUUACUGUUGGCUGGUACUGAGAAUGAAAGACCAGUCUUGAUCCAUUAUGCUGUAUCUUACAAGGGAAAUGCUUAUCGAAGGCCCUUAUCAUCUUUUGUCCAAUGCAAGGCCUGAGGAUUGAAUCAUGACCAGUACAGUAGGUAUGUGUCAGAAAGGCCUGAGGAUUGAAUCAUGACCAGUACAGUAGGUAUGUGUCAGAAAGGCCUGAGGAUUGAAUCAUGACCAGUACAGUAGGUAUGUGUCAGAAAGGCCUGAGGAUUGAAUCAUGACCAGUACAGUAGGUAUGUGUCAGAAAGGCCUGAGGAUUGAAUCAUGACCAGUACAGUAGGUAUGUGUCAGAAAGGCCUGAGGAUUGAAUCAUGACCAGUACAGUAGGUAUGUGUCAGAAAGGCCUGAGGAUUGAAUCAUGACCAGUACAGUAGGUAUGUGUCAGAAAGGCCUGUGGUUUGAAUCAUGACCAGUACAGUAGGUAUGUGUCACAAAUGAAACCCUAGUCCUAACAAAGUGCUCUACUGUUAACCAGGGUCUGUGGGCUCUGGUUGAAAGUAGGUCACUGAGUGUACAAAACAUUAGGAACACCUGCUCUUUCCAUGACAGACUGACCAGGUGAAAGCUAUGAUCCCUUAUUGAUGUCACUUGUUAAAUCCACUUGCACAUGGAUUGUGCAUGAGGGUCAAUGGGCAAGCAACCUAUUGAAAUGUCUUUGAACAGGGUUUGGUAACAGGUGUCAGGUGCACCGGUUUCAGUGUUAAGAACUGCAACAGCUUUCUGUGUGGAUUAAGAAAGGACCCCACUCAAAGGA